AUGUUUCGAACGCCGAGCGUUGCCGAUGCAACUCCUUGCAUAUUCGAGGGCGACGACAAUAAGAUCCAAAUUACCAAAAGACACUUCGCAGAACUGAGGCGCAGGACUGCUGAGCUCGAGGAGGAGAACCGGGGCUUGCAGCAAGAGCUGUCGAGCAGUUCUAGAAAGACCCUCUCCAUGGAUCCCGUGGAUCAGGGAGGGUUCGUGGAUGAACAGGCAAAUGCCUUCAAUGGCUAUGGGUCCCCAGUCUCCGCAUCUGGGGUUGAAGAUGCAAGAGUAUUCAACCCAUUAUCCACAGGGCCGCCCAAGUACGUGCGAGAUUUGGCGGGAAAUCCACAUUACUUGGGACACACAUCGAACUGGUCCUUGACAAUCCGCCUCCUGCACCUCACCCAUCAGGCCGAGCGUAACUACCCCUUUCCCAGUGCAGCUCAGCAUAUAGAUGCCACCACCUAUGAUUUAGGAUGGAGCGGCCUGCGGACAACUAUCAUCCCAGAUAUUAGAGAGCUUCCGUCGCUAGACCAUGCUCUUUUCCUGACUAAUGCUGUAAAGUUCCAUACAGGCCAGAUAUUUCAUCUUUUCGAUGAAUUAUCCUUUCUGACUCAGUUACACGACUUCUACGGCAACCCAGUCGAGAAGAUUCACACAACGGGGUUAUGGUUCAUCCACUUCAGUGUCAUAAUGGCUCUUGGGAAAGCCUUCACCGGGACGAAGCGUCGAGGAAGUGUUCCACCAGGCGCCAAUCUGUUCAUGAUGGCACUUAUGAUGCUCCCAGACUACUGCUAUCUAUGGAGACAUCCCAGCACAUCAGCGGAGCUGCUGUGCUCAAUGGCACUGUAUCUGCAAUCCAUUGAUUGGAGAACCCCUGCGCAUGACAUGGUCGGUUUUCCUUUCUCUUUCCUGCCUCCUCCCUCCUCCCUCUUAUCGAGGGACCAAGAUCGUGGUGUGGAGAUCUGUAAUUUAGUAGUACUGACCAGGAUGGCACAGAUUGGGAGGGCACUGCGAAUGUUGCUUGUCCAUGGGUACCAUACCAGCAUCCCUUUAGGAACUUUAGAUGAACACGAGAUUCAACGGUCUCGGAAGAUUUGGUGGACGGUUUUCAUCAUUGAGCGUCAGUUUACAGUUCUGAUGGGGGUGCCCUUGGGGAUCAACGAUAACGAGAUCAGCACACCACUACCUACGUACCCAGAAUCUCCCCAUGAGACCAUCACGAUGGCUAUGCACGUCAAGUUAUCUAAGGCAUUCGGUCAAGUGAUGAAUACUCUCUAUCGGAAAGAGCGUCAGAUAAAUUCUCAUUUCGUUAGGAGCACGCAAAGGGCGUUACGAAGUGUUGCCAAUCUCGCGCCAGAGCUCACUGGCUACUUUCCAGUGCCCGAGGAGGGAUCAGUGAACGGCAUUUCACGCGUUUCGGGAUAUCUGAAUCUUUUGUACCAACAGUGUAUCAUGUUAGCAACUCGCCCAUUUCUUUUCAGUCUCCUCGAAAAGCAACUAGGGUCUGGAGACAAUGCGACACCAAUACCAGCCGCUAUAAAGUUCCUCUUGCAAAUGUGUCUCGAGUCUGCCAAGAAAACAAUAUAUAUACUGCGUGCUCUUCAGGAUCAGAGCUUACUUGAGACAUUUCUACCAUUUGAUCUUGAUAGUGCCGUCUCUGCUGGCCUAGUGAUAUAUAUGGCCGCCUUUGUUAGCCUGCACUCAAUCGAGGAGCAAUCUCGUCUACGAGAUACACUGUUUGAUAUACUAGACCAUCUGAUUAGUGAGGGAAACCUCGUAGCCGUGGAUCACAAGAUGGCACUGGAACAGUUAGACGGUCUAUCAAAGAAUCUCCAUGCACAAAUGAACGAUUGCAACCAUUGGCCUCGGCUUGAACAUGCCGAAAUCGUGGCGCGAGAACAGUUGAACAGUAGUGAAACGAUUUGUGCAGAAGGGGCAGUUCAGUCCGGAGGUGCCCCAGACAAUGGGGAUGUGAAUACUGGUAUGAUGACCGGUUUUGCGGGGCCAAUGGAGCUAUACGCCUGGGAACAAGAGUUGAUCCCGACACGGCUGAUGACCGUGGUAGAUAUGCUGGACGGGAUUAAUGUGCUAGACUGGGCAACCUUCCCUGAUAGUUCUAGUUCCCUGGAUGAUCAAUUGGAUAGUUGUAGCUGUUAA